AUGGAGGUUGUCCAGGCUCAAGUUCCACCCCGCAAAAACUAUGAUAAUCCUAGCUGCACUCAGACCAUUUUCAACCAUGUCUUUGCAAGUAGCUAUGGUUUACCUUAUGUGGGUACAUACACCCCACCUAAAGACUGUGAUUUUACUACGACUAUUUUCAAUAUCUCUAUAACAUCAUCUGGUCGCCAGUAUGAUCGUCUUGCUCUGCUUUUCUUUGGAGACAUUGAGAUCUGGAGAACUUCUACUGCCAUGCCUGGUGGUUAUGACAUUUACUGGAAUUACCAGAAAGAUCUGACUAUCUUUGACACUUUGAUUCGAGAAGAACAGAAGGUGAUUUUCGAUCUCGACAAUGUCUACUCAGACCUAUACACCGGUGCGUUCAACGUCACAUUAGAAGCGAUGUACUUCAAUGAUCGGUAUGAAGAUCUCGAUCCAGCAAAUCUGGUAUAUCCUAUAUCGGCCUUAGCUUCCUCACGGAAUAUCUCAUCUGUCAUGACCCUUCCAGAUGACGACGGAACUGUUUCUAUUACUUUCCCAAAGAAUAUCAGGUCUGCAGUCGUGUCUAUUCUUGCUUCAGGGAAUGGUAAUGAGGAAUUUUGGUACACAAAUGUUCCGUCUGAAUUCACAAACACAUUUCCAGAUAACCCAGGGUGGUUAUAUGGCUAUAGUCCAUUCCGUGAGAUUCAGUUACUUAUUGAUGGAAAUCUUGCUGGUGUAUUAUGGCCCUUCCCCAUCCUCUUCACAGGUGGCGUUGACCCCGGUCUGUGGAGACCCAUCGCAGGUAUCGAUGCAUACGACUUGCCGACAUUUGAAAUAGACGUUACUCCUUGGCUCCCACUGCUCUGUGAUGGCAAUACCCACACAUUUAGCCUCAGGGCUUCUGGCUAUGACAGCUCUACCGCAAGCCAUCUUGGAACUGUUGGAGAAGAUUGGUAUGUUACUGGGUCCGUUUUUGUCUGGCUUGACAAAGAAGGCAAGCAAACCACGGGAAGCGCCGUUGAAAUUGAUGCCCCCGAGGUGUUGUUCUCGUUUUCCCCUGACCUCACCACUACAACCACCAACGGAAUAACGACAAAUGAGUCUUUCUAUUUCUCCCUCACGGCCGGCCGAGAACUCUCCAUUUCUUCCACAAUCCGCACAUCCACAGGUUUGAAAUUGGCUUCAUGGACACAAUCUUUAUCCUUUUCAAAUAUCCAAAAUAUGACCUCAGGGGCUUACAACCAAUCGCUUGCCAUGACAUCUACUGGAAGUUUUGUCAACUCCUUCUCGGAACUCACCAAUACCUACCAUUAUCCCCUGAAUCUUUUCAGCGCCUAUAUUAUUGCCCCUACCGUCGCUACCCUCUCCUCAGUCUAUACCUUGAUUGAUCGGAGCCAGAUCAAAUCGGGUCUCAACACUCUAUCCUACCUUACUGGCACCGCAAUUGGAGUGGAGAAUUUGGAGACAAGGCAGAAUGCAUCAAGCAUGUAUUACUGGAAUGCGACCAUUGUCGAAGGGACCAGUGCUGAUUCCGGUAUUACUCAGCAGUGGUAUACAUUUGCAGGAAAACCUGGUAACUUGGAACAUGGUGUGAGCGAUUUCUCACGGACAUUGAAGGAAGUUAAUGAUUAUAUGGUCGUUGACCAUGAAACCUGGAAGACGAUGGCGAUUCCCAAAACAGAUCCACUUCCAGUUGUCAAUGGAGAGCCUACUGUCUGA